CUUCAACUCAUGGCACCUUUCCUCCUCGUCAACUUGCUCGUACUGUCAUUGCCAUGACUUGUGAAGACUCAGAUGGCAUCCCUUCCUCCUUCCCCCUGGAUCCGAGUGAGGAGAUCUCUCUCUGGCUCUCCAGCCUUCACUUACCUCAGUAUGCCGCUAGCUUUACUCAGGCAGGCUACCGCACCCUGGCAGACUGCAGGGGGCUUACUGAGGAAAAGCUCCUACAAGUGGCUCGCUUCCCCACCGGCCAUCGGCGGAGGAUCCUGCACAAUCUCGAGUUCCUUAUGGCGGGAGAUAAUGAUAAUGACGAAGCUCCUGAGAUAGAAGAAGGGAUGGAAAAGCCUGUUCCCUUUCCUAGAACCAUCUUUCUUAAGGAAAGAAAAAGAGUAACAGCCUCUCAAGAUAAACAGACUAAUAGGGUUGGGGAAAGCAACAGAUUGCCUGAAACCCAGACUCUUCCCACAAGGACUUGUAAAGAGAAAGAACUUAAACAUGACCCUGGUUUUAUUUCCACUGUUUCCUACACACUCCCACGUACCAAUCACAAAGCAUUCCCUUCAGAUACCAGAUCUGCCUCUUUGGCCAGCAGCAGUGAAUCACUGUCAUCAUCUUCACAUUCUUUGCCUGCAGAUUGGGAAAACUUCUUGAAGGUGACUACUCCUGCCAUUGUCUUUGAUGCAAAAGAUGAAGGUUGCCUAAUAGGAUUCCAAGGAGUGAUGGUGGAUAAUGAUAUAUAUGAGAGUGGCCCGUUCACGGCUUCUUCUGCAAGGCCCACGCGCUCUUACAAGUUACGGCAUAGGCCUGUGCCAGAGAUCCCAGAACGCACCAUCAUACCAUCACAUGACUUGAAUGUGCCUGUGAAAUCUGUCACGGAGCAGCACAGCAGCGCAGACGAUGCCAGUGGCAGCAGACAGAAAGGCCCCCUUUGUGGGACCCAGACAUCUGAAGACAUAAGUCCCUAUGGUGAGGUUUACCUAUACAACACCAUUGAAGAAAACAAACUGGUUGUGGAUACAAAGGAAAUGUUCAACCAAGAAACAAAGGAAAAACUGGAACAGAAAGCAACAAGGAAGCAGCAGGCCAAGCAGCUAGACAAGGUGACAGAAAGCACAAGUAGACCCCUCAGUGAUGAUUACGCUUUGCUUCAGCCAUACAUUUCUAGUCAGGAGCAGGCCAAUGAGUAUUCCUUAAGCAUAACAAAGUCCCUCCUCCAGCCUUCCAUGUCAUUGCCUGGAACCAAAUCACAGGUGGCUUCAGGUGGCGUUUGUAGUGAGCCACAGGAUGCUCUCUCUCGACUUGUGAAACACACGCUUCCUCUCCACAAUGAAACGUCUAUUUCUCCUUAUGCCUGCUUCUACGGACACCCUAAACAAUCAGUCAAAAUGGGGUGGCUGGACAAGCUCUCUCCUCAAGGAAAUCGUGUCUUUCAGAGAAGAUGGGUCAAGUUUGAUGGAGAGAAUCUUACUUACUAUAACAAUGAAAAGGAGAUGUACUCUAAAGGAUUGGUCUCUCUCCUAGCUGUUAAGCAGGUGCGCUCUGUGGGAGACAAUAAGUUUGAGGUGGUCACCGCAACGAGAACCUUUGUUUUUCGAGUAGAAAAAGAAGGAGAGCGGCAGGAAUGGCUGGCGGUGCUGCAGACUGCUCUGAAGUCUCGCUCAUCCGUUUCCCACACGCCCUGUAAGCUUAGCUCCAGCAAGAGCGGCUACGUGGAGCUGCGCGGCCACAAAGGCAGAGUCUACCUCAGCCUCACGGGAACUAAAAUCCGACUCUGCAAAACAGACCAGGACUUCAACAUGGGGCUGGCUAUCACCUUGGUGGAUCUAAUGGCUGCUUGUGUCAAACAUGUGGACCGCAGAGGCUUUGAGAUAAACACCCCUUUCAGAUCGUUCUGCUUCACAGCCGAGUCCGAGCGGGAGAGGGAAGAAUGGAUCGAGGCAGUGCAGGAAUCGAUUGUUGAAACUCUGUCCAAUUAUGAAGUGGCCGAGAAGAUUUGGUUCAACCAGUCGAACAGGAGCUGUGCCGACUGCAGAGCUUCGCAUCCCGAGUGGGCCUCUAUUAACCUCGGAGUGGUCAUUUGUAAAAUUUGUGCAGGUCAGCAUCGGUUCCUGGGCUCUGGUAUUUCCCAAGUGAGGAGUCUGAAGCUGGACAGCAGCAUUUGGACCAAUGAACUGGUGGAGCUUUUUUUGGAAGUUGGAAAUGAGAACGCCAACAAAUUCUGGGCUGCCAAUCUACCCCCGGAGGAGGAGUUAGAGAAGAGGGCAUCGCCAGAACAGCGCGCAAUUUUUCACCACAGGAAGUACAAAGAGAGGAAGUACAGGAAACUUCUGGAAGGAAUGAGCAGCCAGGAGGAACUCAACCAGGCUUUGUGUUCUGCAGUCCUCCAACCUGAUGUAUUGUUGACCAUGGCGUUGGUGUUCAGCGGGGCAGAUGUAAUGUGUGCUACAGGGGAUCCUGAAUACUCCACUCCUUACCUGCUGGCUCAGAAAGCAGGCCAGAGGCUGCAGAUGGAGUUUCUCUAUCACAAUCAACUCUCAGAGUUUGUAAAGUUGGAGAUGGUAGGUGCCAGAAGAUCCUCAGUAGACAUUUCUACCUUCAUGGAUGGGUUUCUUUACUGUUCGGUCAACAUGCUGAAGAGCACCCUGAAUAAAAAAGGGAGAGAUGACAUGGUCCAAUGUUGGUGCACACUAGAAGGUGGCUACUUGAGUUACUACGAUGGUGAAAAGAGCGCCACGCCGAUAGGAAGAGUGGACAUCAGUGACAUGGCAAGCCUGGCCAUUAACCCAGAGACCAUGACUGGAGCAGGGGCAGUGUUCACCUUUGAGAUCUACCUGGAGUCUGAGAAAAUGCUUGUGUUUGGCGCACAGACAUCAGAUGCACAAAGAGCCUGGGUCCAUGCCAUCACCAAGUGUUUGGAUGCGGAUAGGGUGGACUGUUUGUUGAAGGAGGACUGUGAUCUGAUUGGUCGUUUGUACUAUAAGGAGGGUCAUGACCUUUAUCACUGGAGACGAGGAUGGUGCACUUUGGUCGGCUCUGAGCUGUUCCUUCAUCCUGAAAAUAAGCACAUGAACGAGAUGGUUCUACAACUCAAACGCCUGCAGGAACUUACUGUCUCCACUCAUUUGGAAAGAGAUGAGAUUAUUCCGGUUCUGCUCAUGGUUGAGAGUGGCAGGACAAUCUACCUUCAUGGCGUUAGUAAACAAGACUUUACAUUAUGGCACUCGGCGAUCGAGUUAGCUGCCGGCAGAGAUGGCAGAGCACUAAGCAAUCAACAGCUGACUAAAAAUGACGUCCCCAUCAUCAUCGACAGCUGUAUUGCCUUUGUUACUCAAUACGGUUUGUGUUAUCAGGGCAUCUAUCAGAAAAACGGUGACCCAAAACGUGUGGCCCAGCUCCUAGAGGAGUUCACUAAAGAUGCGCGGAAUGUUAAGCUUAGAGUUCAGGAUCAUCAAUUAGCGGAUGUAACGGACACACUCAAAUGCUUCCUGUCCAGCUGUGAGGAUGCUUUAUUAGCUAAAGAGCUCUACCCUUACUGGAUUUCUGCUCUCGAUGAAGUAAGUGAGAAGGACCGGGUUGAGAAGUACUCCACUUAUAUUCAGAGUUUACCCAAGAUCAACAGAUCAACUCUUUCGGCGCUAUUACAGCAUCUGUACAGGAUUCAGAGCUGCUCUCAUAUAAAUCAGAUGAAGGCUCGGGGUCUGGCAUGUGUUUUCUCAUCCUGUCUCUUCCAAACGGGAGGACAUGCACCUCAGGAGACUUUUGUUGUGGAAGAUCUCAUCAACAACUACAUUCAGCUCUUCUCUGUGAACAAGGAGCAAGUCAAGCAAAUGGAGAGAGAGAACCAUUGUAUCAUGAGAUGGAAGGACACUACAUUCUCUCCAGCAGGUGACCUGAUCUUUGAGGUGUACUUGGAAAAGAAAGAGCCAGAAAAUUGCUGCUUAAUCAAGGUCUCUCCCACCAUAUGCGCUGAUGAGCUGACUGACAGCACUCUGGAGAUGAAGGGCAUACAGCCAAGCCAGCAUGACAUCUGGACCACAUUUGAGGUCAUCGAGACUGGAGAACUUGAACGCCCAUUACACUACAAAGAGAAGAUUCUCGAGCAGGUUUUAGAAUGGAGCACGCUAGAGGAUCCUGGCUCAGCUUUCCUGCUCAUCAAAAAAUUUCAUGGAUCUAAGAUGUCCCGUUCCAGCUCAGAAGGGCAGAAAAACUUCACUAAAGGCGAGCAGCUCAAGUUUAAAGAUGGCUCCUGCAAAUUGCUUUCUGGAAACAAGUUUCAGGACAAAUACUUUGUACUGCGGGAUAAGAAGCUGCUGCUAUAUAAAGAUGCAAAAAGUGCAAAACCAGAGAGAGAGGUUCCUGUGGAGUCGGUGAAAUGCUAUUUAGGGAUAAGAAAAAAGCUGAAACCAAUAAACAAUUGGGGUUUCACAGUUUACACGCAAAAGCAGCAAUGGUAUUUCUGCUGUGAGGGAAAAGAUUCACAGCUGGACUGGGUUACAGCUAUUAUCACGAGUAAGAAUCAAGGAGACGUAUGGCCUACACACAAAGAAAAGAGCAAGUCUUUAGAUCAACAAAGCAGCAGAGAGCAUGCUUUUGCUCGCCGGGCUUCAGAGACUGAAGCAACCAAACACAGCAAGGAGGAUAAGAAGAUGGUGCCCCUAAAUGUAACUUUUGACAAGUUGAAGUUAAAGAACGUAAAUGAGGCUGAUAUGCAUAAAAUGGCAAUGCAUAAGAAAAAUUUCCAAAAAGGAAAUUUAAUGCCAGGACCAACUUCGGCCACGAGCGGAGGAAAUAAUGCACUGUCCAGGAACAAAAUGGCUGUGGAAGAAUCCCCACAGGCUCAGUGUAAAUCUGUACCUCAUCCAGAUUCUGGUAACCACACGAAAUUUCAACAAAAAAAAGCAAUGAUUGGAUGCAACACGGGACAAAUGCCUCAGAGUCUAAUCGAAGAACUGAGCACCGUUCUUAAUCAAACAGGACGCAUGCCUAGACAAGAAAGCUGAGAGCUUACAAACAAAGUACUGUAGAGUGAAGAGGCGGGAGUCUUGCAAGUAGUAUUCCAGAGGUUAAGAAAGCAUACGACUCUGAGCUCUCAGGAAGACCUCUGGAAAAGCAAAACAAAGCUGUAAAUAAUGUAAAGUUUAUGUGUUGUGCAGUCUACAUGUUCUGUGUUAGACCUUCGCUAACCCUUAAAGAACAUCUAACUGCAACCAUACAUGCAAUACUGUUGUACAGUUGUGUUUUCAUAGUAAGACAUGUAAGGUAAUGUUUUAAGACAUUGGUAUAGAUUUAUAGGUCUAAUAUGGGCGGAGUGUGGAUGUACAUGCCUCAAAGUGUACAGUGUUUUUUUUUUUGUUUUGUUUUUUGACCAUGUUUUUGUCUAACUAGCCUUUUGUUCAUGGACCUUGCUGCAAUGCACCAGAUAACAGAUUAUGUGGAGUAAAGCACAGAGUCCAUUAUGCAAAUGAUAAAAACGCAGGUAAGUAAUUUAGGUUACUUUUGGACAAGCUCUAGAAAAAUGCAUGGCAAGUAGUUAAAUCCUCCUUGAUUUUCUGUACUUAAUUUUGAUGCUUAAAUUGAGGUCUAGUGAAGGUCAGUCCACACAAUCAUCUGACAUUAAAACAUUACCCAAUUUAAUGUUUGUUAUAUAUAGAAACUAUUUAGAUUGAACGUGGCCUUUAUAGAAAAAAAAAAAAAGUUUUCUAAUUUUCUCCAGUGUUAAUGUUUUCUAAAUCAACAGAAGCAUGCCCCUUUCUCCAGCGUAGCUGUAAUAUCCCAGGAGUCCAAGUCACCCAAAGCCGAUAAAUAAUAAAUCUUUUUCUUACAUGGGCUUUUGUUGUCCAGUUUUCUUUAAAUAUUUAGCUACAUUUUAUUACGCAUCAUGUAGCUGCUGCCUUUAUUUGAAUUUUUUUAAACACGUUUUGCAGUUUUCCAAAAUAUGUAAUAUGUUAAUGUAAAGCAAUUUGUGAGAUUGUAUAAAUAAAUGAUGCCAAAAGGUA